AUGAGUGGUUUCAAUGCUAUCUCUCCUCGGAGGCCAGAUCUGCGAAGUCACCAUAUCCUACUCGACGCCGAUGAGUUCGUGACCAAGUAUGAUAUAGACGACUUGCGGGACGAGAUCCGGACGGGCGCCCUCCUCGUCGAUGAUCCCGAUCAUAUCGGAUGCUUUGAAUGCUUGGCCGAUGAGGAGACCAGGGCACUCGCAUUGGAAAGGCAACCGAUUCCUGUAUUCUCGAGGACUUUAUUCAACUGGCCUUGGCGAUUUCCAUGUCUGCUGCUUGACAUGGAUCCUUCAGACGCAGAACCUGGAACAGAAAUAGCAAAACACAUAGUAAAAAUGAUGGAAGGAUGGAGCGUAUGGAUUGCCAAGAUUGUCGGGCUCUGGUGCGCGAUACCACUGCUCAGGCUACUUGGACGCCGCGGUGCAGGAUCUCAAUCCGGCGCAAUAUUGCUCUUUAGUCAGCUCAUCUUUCAAAACAUUGAUCUUUCGAGCCAUGCGUACUGGCUCAUCGCACUUUGCCUGGUAGGGCUGUGGAUGUGUUUCCGGGUCUCUCCAGAGUCCCCGUAUUGGCAUGCACGCAACGGAGAAAUGCGGCAAGCUUAUAAAGCUCUGAUUAGGUGUCGCCGCACUGCUAUGCAAGCCAGCCGUGACCUUUACAGAAUCUAUUUGAUCGGGACACAAAAGGCUGGACGAACAACAGUAAGGCUUGUGCUACAGGCGCUGGCAAUCACGACCGUCUUCUUACUUUCGACGAUCGUCCCUAAAGUAUUAGCAACGCUGCUUAUCUUCUCCUUUCUCGAAGGCGUGCAGGAGUAUGGUAUCCAGUUUGUUACGACACUUUUCGUCCCAUUAAUCAUUACCGGCGCUCUGAUAAUGUUUCUUGUUCCACUGUCAAUCAACCUCAUUGAGCGGAUUGGUCGGCGGGGACUGAUAUUGGCAAGCAUGUCCGUCGUAUCCUGCAUCAUCUUCGCCAUGAUGUUAUCAUACCCUUCAAUCGCGAUCUCCUUUUUGCUUGUCGUACCGUCUUUCUUUCACAAAAUAGUGUGGGAAAUAUAUGCAGCAGAAGUAUCCUGUUCAGUCGGCCGCGAGGAAGCAAUGGCAGCCACCUUGACUGUUUCGUUACUUCAAGACACUGGCCUAGCCUAUUGGAUGGUCAACAUUGUGAAAAAUAGGCCUGCUUCACUCUCUCCAAAUUAUUUUCUUGGAGCUCCGAUAUCAUUCUUUUUUUUCUUGCAUUGUGUGUGCAUGGUCCUCCUCUUCCUGCUCCUGAUAGAGACCAGAGGACGCACUUUAGAAGAGAUCCUGGCUCUCUUGCAGGCCUCGCUUGUCAAUCGUGUCGCCUACCGUAUCCGGGUCUACACCCCGUACAUCUUCAAAAGAAUAUUUCUGAGGCAGCGCGUGAAGCUCGAAACUUUUGAGGAGUCUGAAUACGGUACUCGAGCAAUUCGCCUAGGAUCCAUCGAUACGGCGCCCACCUUUCGCAGCUACAGCUUUGUUUGA